ACGAGUUCCGACACAGACUGAGCGUCUACAUUUGCAGCUUCAGCAACGUCUCGCCGCUUCUCGCGACUGCGCAGUACACAACUCCACGUCCACAGCUCGAUCCGUCAAGAUGCUGUCGUCCGCAGGUCUCGCGGCCGCCCGUCGCGUGCUCGCCAGCCCCGGCGCAGCAGCUCCAUGGCAUCAAUUCUCCGGCCAGGCCACGCGCGCCCUCGUCCUGCGCCUCGCCGCGCCCUCGGUGCGCACCAUCAGCUUGUCGGCGUCUAUGCGCUCGCCAGCGGCAAAGGCCACCGCUGCCAAGAAGACGACGACAAAGGCAAAGAGCGCCAGCACCACCAAGAAGUCGACGACGAAGAAGGCGGCCAAGCCCAAGGCCAAGAAGCCCGCCAAGAAGGCCGUCAAGAAGAAGGCCGCGACCAAGAAGCCCAAGGCGGCCAAGAAGAAGGUGUUGACGGAUGAGCAGAAGGAGAGGCUGGAGAUUCGGAAGCUGAAGCAGAUGGCGCUGCUCAAGGGACCGACGUUCCUCCCCGAGACGGCGUGGAGCGUCUACAUGGUGGACAACAUGCGCGGCGGUACGGGCGGCGACGCUCUGGGGGACAAGGUCAAGGCGCUUUCUACGAGCUUCAAGAACUUGCCCGCGGCUGAGAAGGAGCGCUUGACGGCAAUCGGCAACUCCAACAAGAUUGCCAACCAGGAGGCCAAGAAGAAAUGGAUCGAAUCUUUCCCCCCUGAGGCGAUUUACACGGCCAACCUGGCCCGCCGUCGCCUCGCUCGCAAGACUGACAAGAGCAAGCUCUACUUGCUCCACGACGAGCGACUCCCCCACCGCGGCGGAUCCGGCUUCACCCUUUACAUCAAGGAGCAAUUUAGCCAAUCAGGCGCCGACUCGGCCAAGGACGCCAUGCGCGCGAUAAGCGAGCGCUGGAAGUCGUUGAGCGAUGACGAAAAGGCUCCUUACGUGAAGGUAGCUACCGAGCAGAACAAGGUGAAUGGGGACAAGGUCAAGGACCUGCGGAAGAAGGGCGAGUUGUACUGGAAGGAGAAGCUCGCCUCUCCGUCACCUGCGUAA